CCAUUGUGUAUUUAUUCCUUGUGUUAUUUUUCUAUUUCUCUUUUUCUCAGAAUUUUUGGGAAAGGCCCGUAAGUAAGCAUUUUACUGUUAGUCUGCACCCCAUUGUUUACGAAGCAUGUGACAUUUGAUUUAUCUGUCGUGUGAAUAUUGUUGCUACAGAGUAUCUUUCCUCUUAAAAAGAGAAAUAUUAAGUCAUUCUAUUCUAUAGGGUGCCAUUUGGGAUGCAUACUUUGGACUCUAACUGUUACGAUCUGUGACAUUGGCUUAGGAGGAAACCGCUAUUACAUCUUUGGGGAUGUUUUAUUUACUGUUUUGCAUCAAAGUUUUUUUUUAACAAGCAUUGGUCAUAAAUUAUGAUCCCCUAUUUUUGUUGAUUUUUUAAAAUUGUUUCUAAAAGCUUUAACAAGAGCAAGGUAUUGUGUUUCGUUUGACCUUGAUCUGGCUAAGGGUCAAACUGGUUCAAUCGCCAACAAAUGACAAGGCAGUGAGUUGACUCAUGUCAUUCUUUGGAUCUUGAAAAUCCUCAUUAGAGAAAGGCUUGUUCUCACAUGGUAUUGACUGGUUGCUUAGGAUUUCAAAUAUGGUAUGUGAAUUGAGUGUAUAUAAACAAAGUAGUUAGGGGAUUUUUGACAGAUUUGAUGCCAUCUGUUGCAUGGAUACCAUAGGGAUUGCAAUUUUCCACAAGUAGAAAAUAUUCUGCCAUCAUAUAUACCACGAUGUGUACCUUACACUUACCUCAAACAUACAAUAUGUUAUAUUUAGAUGAAAGUGUCAUGAAAAAACAAUUGCAGGUCUCUCAGUCUUUGGAGGUGAUUAGAGGACGCAUUCAAGCCUCAUGUUUGUAGUAUUCGAUUUUUUUCAGCCAUCCCGUUACGUAAGAAAUUGAAUAUUUUCACUUCUCGCGCUAUUUCACCGCAGCGGAUAGGUAGCUAGCCAGGGACGUUGGGCUCUUUGUGUGAGAUGGGGGACGAUCGACCUUUUGUGUGCACCGCCCCAGGCUGUGGCCAGAGAUUUACUAAUGAAGACCAUCUAUCGGUCCACAAACACAAGCAUGAGAUGACCCUGAAAUUUGGUCCUGCCAGAACUGACUCCGUCAUCAUUGCAGACCAGACCCCCACACCCACCCGCUUCCUGAAGAACUGUGAGGAGGUGGGUCUGUUCAACGAGCUGGCCAGCUCCUUCGAGCAGGAGUUCCGGAAGGCCCAUGAGGAUGACCAAAGGAACAAAAACCCGCUCACGGCCCCCCAGCUUCCGGCCCCACCCCUACAGACCCCCUCUGGGGUGAAAGAAGAGGAUGAGGGGCCUCUGGAGGUUGACUCCUCCCCCCCAGGCAGUCCUGACUCCACCUCCAGCAUGUCGGACAGCAGCAAAGAGCCAAUGGUGAGAGGAAAGGAGACUCCUCCACGGCCGGUGGUGAGCUCUGCCCCCACGCCAACUAUUGUACGCCCAGGGUCCCUUCCCAUUCACCUUGUUUACGACCCCCUGCACCCGACUCUGCCCUCGCCAACCUCUGUCAUCACACAAACCCCGCCCUCCAACAGACAACUGGGCUCUCCGACAGGUUCCUUCCCGCUGGUAAUGCAUCUCCCCAACGGACAGACAGUCCCUCUCCUCCCCAGCCCAAAUAUGACCUCGGUCAUAUCUCUGGCGAGGCCGUUUAAUUUGGUGCCCAACAUCCCUGGGAUUCCAGGCCCUCCGAUUGGUGGGACCAGCAGUGGCUCCUCCUCCCCAUCUGGGUAUAGUCUACAGUCAGAGGCCAAGAUGAGGCUGAAGGCAGCGCUGACCCAACAACAGCAGCAGCAUGGCCCGGGGGCUCAGAACGGGGCUGGAGAGGGCCCAGGGGGGGCAGGUUCCAGCCCCAUUGUCCCCCAGAGACAUGAACAGAGCCAGCAGCCCUCGCAGCACUCUGACACACCCUCUCCCGCACAGCCACAGCAAACCAGCAGUGGCUCCUCCUCUCCAUUUGGGUAUAGUCUACAUUCAGAGGACAUGAUGAUGUCCCCAGCCCAGCCCACAGGUGGUAGGAGGCGGCGGGGUGCGGAGGUUGACCCAGACGAGAGGAGGCAGCGCUUCCUGGAGAGGAAUAGGGCGGCGGCUUCUCGCUGCCGACAGAAACGCAAGGUGUGGGUUGGCUCUCUGGAGAGGAAGGCAGAGGACCUGGCUACCAUGAAUGUUUCUUUGACCAAUGAAGUGGGUCUGCUGAGGAACGAGGUGACCCAACUGAAACAGCUGCUGCUGGCCCACAAAGACUGCCCUGUCACUGCCAUGCAGAAGAAGUCUGCCUACGUAGCUGCAGGAGUAGAGGAGAACUCCAGGGACCCCCCCUCUGAGCCUAUGGGUUCCCCAGCCCCGGUUAUCCAGCACGGGCCUUCGCCCCUUGCCCCCAGCCCUGGGGCCAUCACCGUCAACGGGCUGAGCGUCCGCGCGGCUGAGGCAGUAGCCAUGUCGGUCCUGGCCGGCAUGGGGGCGGCCCAGCAGGGAGGGGUCCUCAUGGCCACACAGCCGCAGCCGGCCCCCAGAUGAUGAGCAGGCGCAGGGAGCCAGUAAGAACUCUACAUUGGGCUUUACGAGGCUGGACUGGCACAAUGAUGUGUGCAAGAGAUUGAAAGAGAGAAAGGGACCUGAUUUGAAAUCUGAAAUUCCACCUGUUGAUAGUACUUCUCACUCCCCUCCCCAUCUUUCUCCAUCCUACGCUCUAUGACCUUGGACACACUUGAUAGCCUCACAGCCAAUGAUAAUCACUGAACAGACUGAGUAGUCCUGCCUCUUGGGCCCAUUUUCUGAUUGAUCCUAGCUUGGAUGCACUGUCACUGUCUACAGUUGAAGUCGGAAGUUUACAUACACUUAGGUAGUAGUCACUAACUUGUUUCUCAACCACUCCCAACAUUUCUUGUUAACAAACUAUAGUUUUGGAAAGUCAGUUAGGACAUCUACUUUGCAUGACACAAGUCAUUUUUCCAACAAUUUUUUUACAGACAGAUUAUUUCAUUUAUAAUUCACUGUAUCACAU